GAUCGUGUCGCUGAUCGUGUAAUACGCCCGCAGACCGAGCUCGUUGUCAGUGGUAGUGGUGGUACGACGACGGUGGACAGUAAUGGCAACAUUAACCGAAAGCUGAUCACUGGUCCGGCGAAGCGCAGUGACGUGUCGAAUCAUUGCAGCGUGGGCGAUGUGGCCGCCACGAAGCGGUACAAACGUAACCGCAGUAGCCCACGCACACAGCCGGAUAAAAAUAGCGAAAAGCUGCGGAAGGUGUUGUCCAAGACACAUCCUUAAAACCGGAGGACCCUAAUCAUCAUAUCUCCUUUACAGACACAGACACGUAUAUAUACACAUAUUAAUAGUGCGUGAGGCCGAGAGAGCUAACCGAGGAUCGAGGCGCUGACUCGUUAAGUUAUGUUACAAUCAAAUCCCAUUGGACGCUGCGCGUUGUUUUUACCGUUGUUUCAAAGCCAAUCAAAAGCCAUUGGGUUUCGCUCGAAAAAUUGUAUUGUUAAAACAUUCUCAAAGUACAAAAGGCACGAACAGCACAGGAUCGGUUGUAAUCGUACGUUGGCAGUGAUCGCCACGUUCCCCAUCAAACCGUAGGAGAUCAUGCGAACGAAUCAUUAUGAGUUUAGACAAAAGCAAGGCAAGAGAACACUAGGAGGUUAACACCAUGCUCACCAUUGGUUGAGAACAUCUCGUUUCAUAUACGCUUCACUCAUCACUCAUCUGGGACCGCCGCAUUUGGCCCCCUUAAACAAUCCCCCCAAUAUUGCCAUAAAUUAGUUAGUAACAGCUCCAACACAGCACACAACUAACAUACACAAACACAUACAAACAGUAAGCUAUCGCUUAUGUUGGCGCGUGGUUGCGCAUUAAUCCUUAAGUAAGCUAAGCACACCAUUGCCUAGGGGAUGGGAAUGUCUUACCUAGUAGGUACUGGGCAGAGUGGUGCCAUAAACUUGUCAUACACCCGUAAGCCGUGAGUGUAGCGAUCGUUAGGUCGAGGCCGACUGGCUGGCUGAAUAUCCUCAUCAGAGCAUCAGCGAUCACCAGGAAGUGAACAGCAGAGGAACAUUAGGAAGCCUUCCUAUAGAACUAGGCUAAGAGCAAAGCGUAGAGCAUAUGAAUGGCAGACUUUUGUUGCGGUGGAUUUGCACGUGUAACUAAGAUAAGGCAGAUGCAAAGGCGCAUGGGUAAUCGAUUCGAUUUUAAACGCUUUAAUUGUCCCACACUAAUCCUGGGUGUGCAGUAUCGUUGUUCUAUCUUUUUUUCAGUUGUGUUUUUAGACCGUUAAGUUUAUAUCGACACUCUCAGUCUCUAACGCAGACACGCGCGCACUCACGUGUUUGUCGCGCUAUUCGUGCAAUUCUAUCAUUACUAUUUUACACCGCGGACCGCACAGCGUUGCGGCUCCCGAUUGUGCCCUAUUCCCUGCCGUACUCGAAGUAUUUUAUAGGCUUUUUUAUAUUUAAAUUUCCGUUUCUUUACCUACGAUCAGUACCCGUUGUAAUAUAGCAAAGCAAUAAGCUACGAUCCUGGAAUGAGAAGGGGGAGGAGGAGCGAGCCCGAGAAACGGAACACACUAUACGUUUUGAAAGGAUGAUUGUUUAUAUACUUUAUAACACUAACACGAGUCGUGGUGUGGAAUAAACCAGUAAUUUACCAAGAUCUGUGCAGCGUGGAUUCAUUGGUUUACUAUCCCACUCCGUAACCACUUAUCUCCAGCAGCAUCAAGGUAUC